GUUCAUUUCUUUUUUGCUUUUGGUUUUGGUUUGCAACGUUGUGCUUUCCAAUAAGUGCUUUUGUGCCUUUUCCAACAAACUUAGAUCGAGUGCUUGUUUCUCCAACCUCUGCAACAAAACUCUGCAACAGCGCUCAAGAAGCAACACAAAUCUUUGUAGGCCUGUUGAUUCCGAGACAUGCUAGCAGGGACUACGAUUCUUUUGCUCAAGCCUGGGGUGGAGGAGCACGUCGCCCUGCUGUCUCCUCCUGGAUCUGAAAUUCCAAAUGCGGACGACAAUCCGCCAAACAUUGCUGCCUCUUCUGCUGAAGACGACGGAAUCGACAACCCGAGCAACCCAAACAACAACAGCAACAAUAGCAGCAAUGCAGCAGCGCUGCGGGAGGCAAGCCUGCACGUGUCAGUCGCAAUGGGCCAGAAUGAAGCGUCUGGCUCAGAUUCGCGGUGGUACGCAAAUGAACGCCCGAGCUCAACCACCGUGCUUCGGACGGCCCGCGCCGACCAGAGCGACACGGAAGAAGCAACCGAGCACGAUGCCACGAGCAUGGCGGCUUCGGUCGAUGAUCGUCGACAUACGGCGUGGUGGCGUUUGAAGCGAGCGUUCAAACGAACCAUUUCCCACCACGGCGACAUUUCCGAGCUCACUCAGACAAACGUCGCUCCGUACGCGAAUCAACAGAAUGAAUCAGAGAGCUCACACAGCAACACUGUCAACGAGAGCAGCAAUGGUCGAGAUGAGCCUGCUUGGAGAUUGCAUUCAGGUGGCGCUACAGAAGAGGAAGGACGUGUUUCGAGCGCCGGAGAGCCCGACCCGUCGGCACACCUUCCGCAGACGUCAGUCGCCGAACCAUCAGAUCUUGUCACCAUUCGCAUUGGCCAAAGCAAUGCCAGCAACACUGCUGCUACUGCUCGGGACUCGGAGCGUCACACUCACGCUCGUAACAUUGUGGACUACGUGAGCGCCGAUGAGGACGAGCCGUUCACCUUGGAGACCUUUGCAGAGCUUAUGGAGAGCCACCUUGCAGCUGGGAAAGCUUUCAUCAUUGCACGCGUGCGAACAGGCGAGAACGCGGAUGGCUCGGCAAUCUGGACGCACUACAGCGCGCUGCAUUUGUGCAAGAUUAUGUUUGCAAACGAACGGGGCGAGAUUGUCCGAGUUUCAUGCCGCAAUCCACUGACAAACCUCCCCAUCACCCAUCCGGUCGAGUUUUACAAGGUGAAGCCCAAGAGUAUGACGCGCCGACAUCGACUUCCACCGGGCCUGCCUGCAAAACCCCAGUCGCUUCGUGGGCAUGUGACUGCAGCCAGUGAUACCCUCCCACCACCAUCACCACCUCCACCACCACCACUGGUCUCCGAGAUGGUGGAAACAGGGCAGCCUGCAAUGGCAACAGCCAGCCCCGAGGAUUUACCCCAAUCCAAGCCGACCCCAUCUGCAGUGCCAGCUCCUGUUCCGGCAAUUCUUCUACCAACAACAGACAGUGUCGAACAGCAGAGUAUCGUACGCGACCAGACGGCGACAGAGCCACACCCAAUCUCUGCUGCCGCUCGCCCGCUCCGCCCUAUUCCCAUGAAUCUUGAGCGUGUUCGCGCUCAAGCUCAACUGGAAACCCUCAGGUCAUGCUCUCAGGCGAGCGAAAGCUCGGCCACCGCACCCACAUCCUUAUUCUCGCCGUUAUCUGCGGUGCUUUCCCGGCUUCGGUUGCACAGUACCAAUAAUGGGCUGCAGUCAUCAACAUCAACGUCUCAAGCAACCCUGCCACGACCUCCACCGUGGUCGAGUGCCUCGACGGAAGCAGCAGCAGGAGUCCCGCCCCAGCACGAUUCGGAAGCUUCAGAGCCAAAGAACAAACCACGCUCGCGAAAUAUUCUGUCUCGAACUGCCUCCACGAACGCCCGCACUCGUGCAACCAACAUGUCGGUGCCAGAUCUGCCCAUGGUCACUCAAUCCGCAUCGCAACUACUGCGGCAGGAAGGCACUCAACUGUACCUCAUCCAUCAUUCCACUUCUCCACUCUCCCCGUCGACUCGAGUCGCUGCUGUCCUCGAGGUCUCCCAUUCCACUGGUUCGCCUGGCGCGCCAGCGACAGUCUCACUCUCCGCUUCACGCUCCAACAGUCGUCGGCUCGAAACACCAGCGGAUUCUGGCAAUGCGACACGAGUGCCCUCGCCGCGCUCCGCAAGUCCAGCCAAGUUUGUCACCACUGCGACCACUGCCACUUCUGCUGGUGCGCCAAACGCGCCGAGAUCUACUGCUUUCGACGACGAGCCCCACGGAGUCGAUCGGGCGUCCAGCUCGCCAGAGUACACAGGCAUCCGCGCUCGACUUAUCGGCACCGAUGUCGACCUGCUGGACUCGCCGCGACUACGCCGGACAUUGAAUCGCACGGCUCUGUGCAACGAGGACUUGCUCAGUUCGCUCUAUGCCGUGAAUGGACGCGAGAUUGUGAUUCCCAUGAUGGCCGACACCGCCGAUGGCAGCUCGGGCUUGGUGCCGCGGUAUCGACUGCACAUUGUGACGCCCGGCACCACUAGCGCAGGUGUCGGUCGGAGUCGCAGUGCAACGCUGUGGCAGCUGUGCCAGCUACUGGUGAUUUAUGCCAUCUUGUGCCUCCUGGUGAUUGAGUUUGCCGUUCCGCCAGGAUCCAAGUACAUUGCGAUCGCCAUCGCAGUUUCUCUUCCCGUAGUGGUUCAAGCGACGAUAAUGGUGGUGUCCUGUAUUCGGACCAGGCACCAACGUAGGGUCUAUCACCGCCAGCUGGCUGCCGAGCGUGAGCGCCGCCUCGCUGCCACCUUGUCCGAGACACCCAUCGUCGAGACCGACACUGCGCCUUUGACUAUUCCUCCUGCCCUUUUGCCCAGAAGCCACGCGACUGUUCCAAGUACAACGCAGCCUGACGCUCCUCGAUCUGACAAUGAGGCAGAGACUGAUGAUGACGACGAGGACUUGAGCAUAGCUCGCAACAACACGAAUCGCACCAACACACAGACUUCGGGCAACGGCAACGUGCCGGUCGUCCAAGGCACUGAGGUUUUUGUCACGAUACCAGCCGUGUAAAGCUUUUCACACGCACGAACUUGUGUUCCACCCCAACUCAGACCUGUUAGCUCGAAAGUUUGUAUCGAACGAUUCUUCUCCCUUCAGUUUGUUUCAACAGGUGGUUUGAUUUGCUGCCAACCACCAACAUGCUAAGAUAUACAACAAAGGAAAAAAAAAUAUGGUUUCAAGUAUUCGCAAAAGAGGGCAACAGACCACAGUGAUAAAAACAAC